UUGUAAGUCCUUGAGGAGCAGCUGAGGGAGCUGGGGGUGUUUAGCCUGGUGAAGGCCCAGGGGAGACCUUAUCGCUCUUUACAACUCCGAGAUUGUAGCCAGAUGGGGUUUGUCUCUUCUCCCAGGCAAUGAGCAACAGGACCAGAGGAAUUAGCCUCAAGCUGAGCCAGGGGAGGUUCAGGCUGGACAUCAGGAUGAAUUGCUAUUUCUUCUCCAAUGUCAAGCAUUGGAAUGGGCUGUCCAGGGAGAYGGUGGAGUCACUGUCCCCRGAGGUGUUUAAGGAAAAGACUGGAUGUGGCACUCAGUGCCAUGGUCUAAGUGGCAUGGUGGUGUUCAGUCAAAAGUUGGRCUUUGUGAUCUCACAGGUUUUUCCUACUGAUUUUUCCAACUGAUGCCAYGAUUCUGUAAUGAGAGCUGUGAAUUUGCUUUUGCUAGGAUGCUCACUUGAUGUUCCCUUCCUAUUUCCCUUCCUAUUUCCCUGCACAUCCCGUGUGCUCCCUUUCUCCAUCCCUCUUAACUACAGCACGUUAUCUUUUCCGAUUAGAGCYGAUUUCCGCAGAAACCGAUGUCAAUAGAGGUAAAAAACUAAAAUGGAAAAAAAACCCCAAGGGCCAGAGGCGGUAUUUUUCCCAGGAAAGCCGCAACCCCGCUAACCCCCCCUGCCGGCCCGACCCCCUCAGGGCAGGAAGAGGCGGGAGAGCGCUGGCGCGCGCGGCGGUCACGUGACGGCGGGAAGCGCGUCCGGCGGUUUGAAUCGCGGGGGCCGCCGGGAAAAGGCGGGACGGCUCGCGCUCCUUUCCGCCCGUCGUCAGGCGGCGGCCGCGGCCCGGGGGUCGCUCCGGUCCCUCCCGAGCCGAGAGCCGAGAGCCGGCAGCGGGGUACGGGUGGCUCCUCGCCGCGGCGCUCUGCCCUGCUGUCCCCGCGCCUCCCAGGAUGCUGGCGGCGUGCGGCAUGCAGCGGUGCCACCAGGAAGCGCUCAAGAAGAACCGGGUGAUGCUGGCCAAGCAGCUGGUGUUGAAUGUGCUGGUGGAGCACAUGGUAGAGAAAGACAUCAUCACCGCGGAGAUGGUGGAAAUGAUACAGGCCAAGUCUGGGAGYUUUGACCGAAAUGUGGAAUUCCUCAAUUUGCUGCCCAAGAGAGGCCCUAAUGCCUUCUCAGCCUUCUGUGAAGCUCUGCGAGAGACCCAACAGCAGCAUCUGGAGGCAGUGAUCCUGAAGACAAUGUCCAACAUGAGCCACGAGAUUGCAAGGCUUGAACACUGUCAUGAGUCAGAUCUUCCAUAUCCUGUCAGUGAAUCCUGUAAUUCAAAGAGACCCCGCUGGAUUGAACCAGUGGAACAUUCCUUGGAUAACGGAGAUGGUCCCUCAAUUCCUCCAGUGAAGUUUUGCACUCCUGAAUUUUAUCUUGAUCAUCAGCACUUGGCGUACAAGCUGACAUCAGAGCCCCGAGGCUUAGCACUUAUCCUCAGCAAUGUCCGUUUCAACACCGAGAAGGACCUGGAAUAUCGCUCAGGGGGAGAUGUGGAUUGUGCUUCCCUGGAGAUGCUUUUUAAACAUCUUGGGUAUCGAGUCACUGUUCUUCAUGAUCAAACUGCACAGGAGAUGCAGAAUGCAUUGGAGAGAUUCUCCAAGCUGCAAGAUCAUCGAGAUGUGGAUUCCUGCAUUAUAGCUCUGCUUUCCCAUGGUGUGGAGGGUGGGGUUUAUGGCAGUGAUGGCAAACUACUUGAGUUGCAGGAGGCUUUCCGGCUCUUUGAUAAUGCAAACUGCCCAAAUCUCCAGAAUAAGCCCAAAAUGUUCUUUAUUCAGGCCUGCCGGGGAGAUGAGUUGGAUCGGGGAGUGGAUCAAAGAGAUGGCAAAGGAUGGUCAGAUUCCCCAGGCUGUGAGGAAAGCGAUGCRAACAAGGAAGAAAGUCUGAAGCUGCGUCUGCCGACGUGCUCAGAUAUGAUCUGUGGAUACGCUUGUCUGAAAGGCACUGCGGCCAUGCGGAACACCAAGCGUGGGUCCUGGUACGUCGAGGCUCUCACCUCCGUGUUUGCAGAGGACUCGCGACACACUCACGUGGCUGACAUGCUGGUGAAGGUUAAUAGGCUAAUCAAGCAACGAGAAGGUUAUGCCCCAGGCACAGAAUUUCAUCGCUGCAAGGAAAUGUCAGAAUAUUGUAGCACACUCUGUCGGGACCUUUACCUGUUUCCUGGCUAUCUACCAGGAAAAUAACCUUGCCAGCUCUCUUUGAAGAGAGAUACYGCCAAAGCUGAACUUUUGACUGUGGAUAUCUGUUUUCACUCUUGUGAGCUGCRACAUCAGAUGUGCAAGCAAGGAAUGCCAGUCUAAUUCUUCAUGUCUUUUUCCAAAAUAAACUGGCAACUCUCCUUGUAAUCUGAUUCAGUUCAGGGUUUAAAAUUCUGAUAUCCUGAUUGGCUCUGUAUGUGUAGAAAUUAAUGGAAAGAGGAUCAGCAUUAGAACUGGAAAGAAGUGGGAACAUCCUUUGGAAGGARGCAUAAGGACGUUUGUAAACAAAGUGAAUAUGAAAGUGGAAAUGGACUACUAGGAAAUCAGUCAAAAAUGCUACUUGUACAUUAAAAAUUUUAAGUAUUUUCUGCAUGGUUCUUCAUACAGGACAGUCAAUUCCUGUGCACAUUAGAAAAGRGCUCCCUUGUGAAGGAGAAUCCUCCCCCUCUCUAAAAUGGAAGAUUAUUGUUCUCCAUACUCAACACUUCCCAUUUUGAUCACUUAGAAGUCUAUUUUUCUACAUUCCUUCUAUAGCCAAGUUACCAAGAGAAAUAUAAGACAUCCCAGAUUAUCAGCAAAACAUAUAGAGACCCAGACAAACAUGCCUCCAUAAACAGCCCCAGAAAUAAUUUUGAAUCUAGAAACUCUAGAUUAGCUCCCCUUAACCAUUCCCAAGACUGAGCAACUKCAUGGAAUAUUCCUUUUGAGGAAUUUGUUUGCUGUAGUAUUUACGUGUCACARUAGACAUUCAGUGCACCAGCUUCUCAGGAGUCUAUAAAUUGCACUGUACAACUGAAGCCCUGAAACUCYAYGGUCUUGUACAAAAGGAUCUUUUGUCUUUUUAAUUCACAAAAAUAUUCAAGGCAGCUCUUUACGGUCUAAGCAUGUUGCUUGGAUUAUUUAUCACUGCAGGUUUUUUUUCCCUUUUAAGUGAGAGGGAGCAUUUUACAUUAUUAUCCUGUUCUGUGAGUUUUCUUUUUUAAGUUGUGAUCAUUGAAAAGCAAAAUCUACCCCUUCUUUUGGAAAUGUCCUGCACAGCCUCUUCAUGCUGUAAUUUGUGUCUUGCUGUGUCCAAUUGCAGUUACUCCCAUUUGAUGUGAYGUGGGAGAUGGGCACUGUUCUCUUUUUGUGGUAGAGCCUAAAUCCUGAGAUACUGGAUUGUGUAUGGACUACWGGCUGCUCACUUGAGUCUCAAUCUCCAUUUUGUAGCAUUAAGCUGCCAUUGUUCCUGGCUUUUUUAAUGUAAGUAUGGCUUUUAAAAUAAAUUUUUCAGGAUAGAAUUAUGAAUAGGAAGCACAAAGGGAUAUGGAGGGAGGCUGGAAAACUAGGCAUGUGCUCUUUUCAUUUUUCUGCCUAGGAAAAUGAAGGCUGUGUUUCCUCCAGCUGACAAAGGUGCAGCACUAACAUUUAUCUUGCAUUUAUUSUACACACAAUGUGAUAAACAGAACAAGAAUCAUACUUGCCAAUUGGUGCCUUACUCUGAASUUUAAUAUACCAGUUUAGGAGCUCCUGUACCUCUCUGGAGUAUAAACACUGUCUUCCUGAGUGCUCCCUCUACUAAAUGGUGCAAUAUUUUACAGAGACAUUUAUUGAUGAAGUGGUCCAUUCUGAUGGAUUAAAUUUCUGUAGGAUUGCAUCAAGUUGCAUUGUCACUGCCACUUUUGUAUAUCUUUUUGAAUACUUGUAUUUUACUGCCUUGAGGUGUCAAAAUAAAGAAUUUUUGUUUGAUUAAUC